UGAAAUGAAGUUGGGUUGGGCUUAGGAUGGGCUUUAGAUCCAAAUUGAACGUGUUCUUGACGACGUCGUUUUGCUCCUCCUUCGUCUACUCCAGUUCAAUCCUCCGCGGAAUCUCCAUUUCCGACUAGCAGUGAAGUAAGUACGAAGAAGUUGUUGCCAUGAACACCUGCAAAACCCUAGUUCGCUCCUCAAUUUCGUUUCUUGAGUUACAAACUCGAAGCAGCUACCGGAGAAGUUUUUCUUCUCACAUUUCAUCCAUUUUUUCUCCUUUGCGGCCGCUGCCUCUACUAUCUCUCAAUCCAGUAGCAUUCAGUAUCGAACCCUGUAGAUCCACUUCAAGACGAUAUGGCAGCACUCAAGGAGAAAUUUCACUGGAAACUUCGGAGGAAAUGGCAGUUCCGCAUGUUGCCGUUGAAAUUCCGGAGGAAAAAUCCAAAGACACAGUAGAGGAGUUGCUAUACAACAGAGAUGAUGUAUCAAAGCUGAUGAAAAUGGAACGCAGGCCUGAUACGGAGGGCCUGGGUCAUCAGGAGCAUUGGUUUCCAUAUUUGGAUAAAGUUAAGGCGGGAAGUGUGUCUUUGAGUAGUUCGGAGAUAUUGGAAGCAUUGAAUCCGUAUAUAAUGGAUUCGAGGAAAGAGAGGUUUCGCCAUGCUGUAAAGAAUAGGACAUAUUCAGUAUGUUUGGUGGUUGAAGGUUUGAGUGAUUUUGGCAAUGUUUCAGCUACAUUUCGCUCAGCUGAUGCACUGGGCAUUCAGUCAGUCCAUGUUGUAGCUUGUGACAGUUCGAAAAGGUACAGGGAGAAUCGACAUGUCAGCAUGGGAGCUGAGAAAUGGUUGGAUAUCGAACUAUGGGAUUCUGUUCAUGAGUGUUUCAAAGUUUUGAAAUCACGUGGUUAUCGCAUUGCGACAACACAUCUUGGAAUGGACACGGUUUCUGUGUACGAUAUGGACUGGUCAUGCCCAACUGCAAUUGUUGUGGGAAAUGAACUUAGGGGAAUAAGUGACGAGGCUCUUGGAUCAUCAGACUUGCACUGCAGUAUUCCAAUGAAAGGCAUGGUAGACUCGUUCAAUGUUUCUGUUGCUGCUGGCCUUCUUAUGCACCAUGCCAUCUGUGACAGAACUUCUCGCUUGGGAUGCCAUGGUGAUCUAACUAGUGAGGAAGGCCAAAUCUUGCUAGCAGAGUUUUCUUUGCGCCACAACGAUAAUGCAAUUCGAAUUGCUCAAGAAUAUGCAGAAAGAAAGAUAGGUGAGCUUAAAUCAAAGCUUUAAGUGAUCAAACUAGUUUUAGAAGGAAGGUGUGCCUAUUUGCACGUAGCGCCAGAUCUUCCAUGUAUAUUCCCAGACAUUUGAACAACUGAGCAGCUGAGCAUUUGCAUUUGGAACUGAUGCAAACUUAUGUAUAGCUUUUACUUUGUACUCUUUUUUAUUCUUACAUUGAACAACCACUUUUUGAGGUUUAACAGUUUAUUGCAUUUUUUAAUUUCAUAGAGAAAAUAUCUCACAAAAAUGUUGAGGAUUCUGCUAUAAGUGCUAUUGUAUUUGAACUAUAGCACCAGUUUUAAAAGACUUGGCAACAUAAUUUUUUUUAAA